UUAACUCCACAAUGGCGGCAGACGAUCACUUGAUAGUGGCAGCUAUCGAUUUUGGAACCACAUUUUCUGGUUAUGCCUUCUCGUUCUUGCAUGAAUACCAGAAGGAUCCUACGAAGUGUUCCACCUUUACCUGGACAGCGGGAAGCGGGGGCCUCCAAUCACUGAAAACUUCCAGCUGUGUCCUGUUUGACAAGCAUGGAAAUUUCCAUUCUUGUGGAUUCGAGGCUGAGGACAAAUAUUCCGAACUUGCUCUGGACGAUAAGCAUCAUGACUGGCUGUUCUUUAAGCGAUUCAAGAUGAAUCUUUACAAACAAAUUGGAAUCAGGAGAGAUUUUAAGCUGGAAGCUGAUAAUGGUAAACAAAUGGAUGCCAUGAAAGUUUUUUCCAAAGUUAUUGAACAUUUAAAAGAUCACCUUGUAGAGAAAUGUAAGAGUCAGCAAACCUCGCUGGAUGAAGACGACAUUCUCUUUGUGAUAACUGUUCCCGCCAUUUGGACUGACCCUGCCAAGCAGUUUAUGAGGGAAGCAGCCGAGAUGGCUGGAAUCGAUGAAAAUAAUUUGAUGAUAGCACUGGAGCCAGAGGCUGCUUCCCUCUUUUGUAAACAUGUGCCCAUAGAAAAAAUGACAGGAUCUUCUGGAAAAGGAUUCAACGCUUUCUCGCCAGGUUCGGCAUACAUUGUACUUGAUGCUGGAGGCGGAACUAUUGAUAUAACAGUACAUCAGGUGCAGCAAAAUGGCACCCUAAAAGAAAUUCACAAGGCAAAUGGGGGAGACUGGGGUGGAACAAAAGUUGAUGAAGCAUUCACAGCACUACUAGAGGACAUUGUUGGAAAGAAAGUUAUGGAAAAAUUUUGUAGGGAUAACAAAUACGACAUGCUGGAACUUUAUAGAAAUUUUGAAGUAAAAAAACGCACGAUUACCCCAGACUCGGACGAAAAAAUAACAUUUAAGGUGCCAAUUAGUUUGAAUGAAACUUUUAAGGCUGCAAACAAGUGUGAAAUCAAGGAUAUUUUGAAGAUAAAUCAAAAAUACAAAGAUCAAAUAAAUUGGAUUGGAGACAAACUCAGAAUGAGUGCAAACAUCGCUAAAGGUCUUUUCAGCAAUUCGGUGGAUCAAAUCGUUGAGCAUCUAAAAAAUCUUACACAGAUUCCGGCAGUCCAAAAAGCAAAGUAUAUUCUAAUGGUAGGCGGUUACUCGGAAUCGCCAAUGCUUCGUGAUGCAGUAAUUGCAACUUUCAAAAAUAAAAAAGUCAUCGUUCCAAACGAGGCUGGAUUAUCGGUUUUAAAGGGUGCUGUAAUAUUUGGCCACAAACCGUCCACCAUUCAAUACAGAAUAAGCAAAUACACUUAUGGUAUUGAAACAACGGUUGAAUUUGACGAGGACGAGCAUGAUUGGUCCAGACGAAUUGAAACUAGUACUGGAGAUGUGUUGUGUAGGGGAGUAUUUGAUAAACACGUCGAAAUCAACCAACAAAUUGAAGCUGGAAUCCCGCAAGUAGAAAGAACAUAUCAUGUCACGGAACCAGACCAAACAAUAAUGACAUUCCAAGUUUAUAUUUCAAAAGACCCAGAUCCAAUGUUUGUCGAUAAGGAACUUGACGAUGACAGCAGCGAUGACUCGGAUGACGAGGAUUGGUUUGACGAGGAUGACGAAUGCAUUUACCUCGGUGAACUAGAAGUCAACGUCCCAGGCCAUGGCUUAGAGCGAUCAGCAACAGUUGCAAUGACAUUUAGCGGCACAGAACUCAAGGUCGAAGCCAAAAAUGAAGACGGGGAAUACACUGAAGCGUCGUUUGAUUUGUUGGAAUAAAGAUUUUGAAGUCAAC